AUGGAACUAGCCCAGUCUAACGGCAUGGUGAUCACUGCAGAACAUAGGUUCGCCGACUACAUCCCACGCCUAAUCUCCGACAUGGAGAGAAUCGUGGACCAGACCUAUCAUAAAACAAGAGUAUACGUGUUUCUGGGCGAGCACAUAGCGUUGGUGGACUUCGUGAAGGUGAUGCAACGUCGAGGUCUCCUCACUGCCGGAGAGUAUGCUAUCGUGGCGGUAGAUGAUGAGAUCUAUGACCCAAGUACUGCGGCUAUCACGCAUGCUGAGCAUCUUGGACAGAACACGAGCAGCGACGUCUUGGCGUUUCGCGCUGUACUGAGACUCACUCCUUCAUUUCCGACUAACCCGCAUUACGGGAUGCUGUGUCAGAUGAUAAAGAAGAUGUCAGCAGCGCCUCCGUUCUGUGUGCCCAACUACUACCACAAGCUCUUCGAUGAUGCUUCGGUGUCUAUAGAGGCAGCUCAUUUAUACGAUGCAGUAACUCUGUGGGCGAGGGCAGCGACAGCCGUGAUGCAGUCCGGGAUAUCACCGACAGAUGGCGCGACCCUUAUGCAACUUCUACGCCCAACUACUUACAGAUCUGUGCAAGGAUUUGACGUGAAUAUGGACAGUGCAGGUGAUGCUGAAGGAAACUUCACAGUGAUAGGUCUGGUGGCAAACUCCAGUGUACCUGGAGGCUGGACCGCUCAGCCAGUCGCCACCUUCCGAUAUGUCAAUGCAUCCGACUUCCUACCGGAACUGGUAGGAGCAAAUAACAUAGCCUGGAUUGGAGGAAGCCCACCAGUUGCAGAACCAGAAUGUGGCUUCGACGGCAUCAAGUGCUCCUUACCACAUGACCCUGGGGUGCUGUCAGCUGCUGCUGCAGUCGCUGCAGCCGCCAUAUUGGCUGCAGCACUCCUCGUCCGUCACUACCGAUAUGAACAGAAGCUGGCUUCUGUGCUUUGGAGGAUCGAGGCUAAGGAUCUGACCAUCAUUCCAGCGUACAACGCCCAGAGCACUGAUAAGACCUCAAUGCAGCAUGACAUGGAGACGAGGCGAGCUCACACCACCAUAGCCAUGUACAAAGGGAACGUGGUUGCUAUCAAACGGCUACAGAAGAAGAGCAUUGACGUCACCAGAGCUAUCAAAAAGGAAUUGAAACAGAUCCGUGAGCUUCGCCAUGAAAAUCUGACGGCUUUCGUUGGAGUCUGCGUGGAAAGUGGCUCAGCAUGCAUCGUCUCAGCCUACUGCUCCAGAGGUUCCCUAGCCAGGGUCCUUGCAGACAGAGACCUUCAUUUAGAUGACAUGUUCGUCGCCAGCCUUGUAGCUGACCUUCUUCGAGGACUGAUGUACCUUCAUGACUCAGCCCUGAUAUCACAUGGAAACUUGACCUCCAGUAACUGUUUAGUGGACAGCCGAUGGGUACUCCAAAUAGCUGAUUAUGGAUUACAUAAUUUAAAAUAUGGCUGCUCCGACGCAGAAGACGCCCUCCGCAUGGAGCGUCGUAUGCUCUGGAGGGCGCCAGAACUCCUGAGAGAUCCCAACCCAAACCCUAGAGGAUCACAGAAGGGAGACGUGUAUUCUUUCGGCAUCAUACUCUAUGAGAUCCUUGGAAGAAACGGGCCUUGGGGAGACACAAACCUUACAAAUGCUGAAAUCAUAGGUCGUGUCCGGCAUCCCAUAGGCGGGGUGUUAUUCCGGCCACCAUUGGGAGGGCUGGUGGCACGACCAGCUGUCCUGGCGGUGCUCAACGCUUGCUGGAGUGAGCGACCUGAACGUAGACCCGAUCUCAGACUGGUUCGCGUUAGAUUGAAGGAUAUGCAUGCGGGCAUGAAAACCAACAUAUUUGACAAUAUGCUGGCGAUGAUGGAGAAGUACGCUUCGAACUUGGAAGCUAUAGUAGCAGCCAGGACGGAACAACUCCUGCAGGAGAAGAGGAGAACUGAUGACCUGCUCAAUAGGAUGUUGCCAAGGACCGUGGCGGAAGCCUUGAAGCGUGGAGAAAGGGUGCAAGCAGAGAGCUUUGACUGUGUCACAAUAUAUUUCAGUGACAUCGUUGGGUUCACCAAGCUAGCGGCCACCAAUACUCCUAUGCAGGUGGUGGAGAUUCUGAACGACCUGUAUACCUGCUGCGACGCCAUCAUAUCUUACUACAACGUUUAUAAGGUGGAAACAAUAGGCGAUGCUUACAUGGUGGUGGGCGGUCUACCAGAAAGGUGUUCUCGACACGCUGCUGAAGUGGCCUCCUUAGCUCUUCACGUACUGGAUGCAGUGCCCAAGAUCAGGUCUCGGCACAUGCCCGCCGCACGACUGCAUAUUAGGAUAGGUAUACACAGCGGCCAGUGUGCAGCAGGAGUUGUAGGAGUGAAAAUGCCAAGAUACUGUCUUUUUGGAGACACGGUGAACACUGCAGCGAGGAUGGAGUCCAGUGGAGAACCUCAGAGGAUCCAUGUCAGCCAUGAUACUUAUCUCCUCCUCAAACAACAUGGCGGUUAUCAUUUUAAAGAGAGAGGAAUUGUUAACAUCAAGGGUAAAGGCGAAAUGAGAACGUGGUGGUUAGUCGGAGAAGACCACGAGAGAAGAAAAAACACUAUGAGUAGAUUCCAACCAGGUCUAUUCCGCAACAUGAACGAAGAGAGCGAAGACUUAUGGGGGCUGAACCGGUCCAUUCUCAACAUCAGAGACAGGGCUCGUCUCUCCUGCGGUGGUCUAGCAGGACCUGGUUCUGCCCUAUCCUCACCAGGUCCACCAGCUUGCGACUGUUUCAUCCCCAACAGGGACCACCACUCAGCUCCUGUAGUCCUUUUCUGCGAUGAAUGA